AUGCCGGCAGCACCCGCACCCGCAGCAGCAGCAGCAGCAGCAGCAGCAGCAGCAGCAGCAGCAGCAGCAGCAGCAGCAGCAGCAGCAGCAGCAGCAGCAGCAGCAGCAGCAGCAGCAGCAGCAGCAGCAGCAGCAGCAGCAGCAGCAGCAGUGCAUCUUACCACCAUCACCACCCCACUCCCAUCUGUUCUUGAGCUAUCACUAAUAGUUCUUUUCUUUCACCAUCACUCCUCUCCUUUCACCCCACUCCCAUCACCCCACUCCCAUCACCCCACUCCCAUCACCGCACUCCCAUCACCCCACCGCAUCAUCAUGACACCACCCCACUGCACCCGGUGGCAGAAGAGCUCGUCAUGCAGGGCGUCGAAGGCGGGGUGGGGGAAGAGCGCGGCGCCGUGGGGGUCGCUGAACGCCGUGAGGUACGCGGCUGCUGGCAGGCGCUGCGCGGGGUCCGUGUGUACCAUGUGCGCCACCAGGGCGCGCACUGAUGGGCACGGGAUCUGCGGUGGCCCGGGGGUAGGCCCGGGGGUAGGCACGGGGGUAGGCCCGGGGGUAGGCACGGGGGUAGGCACGGCAGCGGACCAACACGACACGUGGAGUAGCACAAGAACUGGCAGGCAUGGGCAGCACAUGACCCACGGGGUGGCGGACGCUGCAAGAGGACUGUCUGCUCUGCACCAUGUGCAGCACCAGGACCCCCACUGA